CGUCCGAGUCGUCCUCUGACUACGUCUGACGAACGUCUGAUAUUAUAGUUUUUCGUGUUAAAUUUUCAAGUUUAGUAUUUAUUAUAAUAAUUAAGACAGAAAUUUCUUCACCUAGAAGAGGCCAAGUCUGACUACAUUUUUGUAAUUAAGUAUUUCAAUCAUGGCGACGUUUCAAGAAUACAUCCAACAGAACGAAGACCGGGACGGUGUACGUUUUUCAUGGAAUGUAUGGCCAUCAAGCAGAUUGGAAGCCACAAGGCUUGUUGUUAACCUUGCCUGCUUGUAUACUCCACUCAAGGAAAAACCAGAUUUGCCUGCAAUUACGUACGACCCAGUUAUGUGCACCCGUGGAAACUGUAAAGCCAUUCUAAAUCCAUUGUGUCAAGUUGAUUACAGAGGAAAACUGUGGCUUUGUAAUUUUUGCUUUCAAAGAAAUCCAUUUCCACCCCAAUACGCUGGAAUUUCAGAACUAAACACUCCAGCUGAGUUGCAUCCGCAAUUCUCAACAAUUGAGUACACUCUAACGAGAUCACAAACUUUACCACCCAUCUUCCUUCUGGUGGUUGAUACCUGUGUGGAUGAGGAUGAGCUUAUGACCUUGAAAGAAUCCUUGCAAAUGUCUUUAUCUCUGUUGCCACCAAAUGCAUUGAUUGGACUAAUUACAUUCGGCAAAAUGGUUCAGGUCCAUGAACUUGGUUGCGAUGGAAUUGCGAAAUCCUACGUUUUCCGUGGCACCAAAGAUUUUUCAGCUAAACAAGUACAGGACAUGCUGGGUCUUGGCAAAGUUGGUGGCGCAGGAGGUGGUGGCAACAUUCCCCCCGGACAAAUGGGUCAACCUGGAAUGCCCGGUAUGCCUGGCCAACCUGGACCCGGUAUGCCUCCCGGAUCAGUCGGUCCCAUGGGUGGACCAAUGGGUGCCCGAGGACCUGGCGGCCAGUCAGUUCUUCCACCCAGCCGUUUCCUGCAGCCAGUGCACAAAUGCGACAUGUAUUUAACGGAUCUUUUGGGAGAGCUGCAGCGUGACCCUUGGCCUGUUCCACAAGGGAAACGUCCUCUGCGUUCAACUGGUUCCGCGCUAUCCAUUGCUGUUGGUCUGCUAGAAUGCACAUUCCCAAAUACCGGCGCCCGUGUCAUGCUCUUCGCUGGAGGUGCGUGUUCUCAGGGGCCAGGAAUGGUUCUCAAUGAUGAUUUGAAGCAACCAAUUCGUUCACAUCACGAUAUCGACAAAGAUAACGCGAAAUUCAUGAAAAAAGCCAUGAAGCACUACGAGGCGUUGGCCAGUCGUGCCUGUACCAACGGGCACGCUAUUGACAUCUACGCUUGUGCACUCGAUCAAACUGGAUUGCUUGAGAUGAAGUCUUGCUGUAACACUACCGGUGGCCAUUUGGUGAUGGGUGAUUCGUUUGGCUCAUCGCUUUUCAAGCAGACGUUCCAGCGUGUUUUUGCCAAGGACGCCCGUAAUGAGUACAAGAUGGCCUUCAACGCUCUGAUGGAAGUGAAAACGUCACGCGAACUCAAAGUUUGCGGCACAAUUGGUCCUUGUAUCUCGAUGAACGUUAAAGGCCCGAACGUAUCGGAAACCGAACUUGGCAUUGGCGGCACUUCGCAAUGGAAGUUUUGCGCUCUAGGGACAAAUACAACGCCGGCCGUGUUCUUUGAAGUCGUCAAUCAGCACGGGGCACCUAUUCCUCAAGGAGGCCGAGGGCACAUUCAAUUCAUCACACAGUAUCAGCACUCGAGCGGCCAAAAGCGUGUUCGAGUAACAACGAUCGCUCGUAACUGGGCCGAUGCCGUUACGAAUUUACCAAACAUUACGGCCGGUUUCGACCAGGAAGCGGCCGCCGUCCUUAUGGCUCGCCUUGCCGCUUUCCGCGCUGAUUCUGACGAAGGACCUGAUGUCCUUCGUUGGCUCGACCGCAUGCUUAUUCGCUUGUGUCAGAAAUUUGGUGGAUAUUCUAAAGACGAUCCGAACAGCUUUAAUAUUGCAGAGAACUUCUCCCUUUAUCCACAAUUCAUGUUCCAUCUUCGGAGAUCACAGUUUCUCCAGGUUUUCAACAAUAGCCCGGAUGAAACCACAUUUUACAGGCAUAUGCUCAAUCGUGAAGAUUUGACGCAGGCCCUCAUCAUGGUUCAGCCCAUUCUGUACAGCUACAGUUUCCACGGUCCACCCGAACCGGUACUGUUGGACUCGUCGUCUAUCCAGCCCGACCGCAUCUUGCUGAUGGAUACAUUUUUCCAGAUUGUCAUCUAUCAUGGAGAGACAAUCGCCCAAUGGCGAGCGGCAGGCUAUCAAAACUUGCCGGAAUACGAAAACUUUAAGCAGUUGCUGCAAGCGCCAGUCGAUGACGCCCAAGAUAUUUUGACAUCACGGUUCCCGAUGCCGCGUUACAUUGACACGGAGCACGGAGGUUCACAAGCACGUUUCCUCCUCUCCAAAGUCAAUCCAUCGCAGACACACAACAACAUGUUCACAUACGGCGGGUCGGCGCCCACUCAUUCGGAUGGAGGAGCUCCAGUAUUGACAGAUGACGUCAGCUUGCAAGUCUUCAUGGAACAUUUGAAGAAAUUGGCCGUCUCAUCGACAGCAUAGAAAAUGAAACUAGAACGAAAAGAAACUGAAAUACCCAUUAUAGAAUAAAACAAAAAUGAAUAGAUUGUAUAAUGAGAAAGAAGUUUAUGCGUUAUCGACGAGGAGUUCUGUCUCCUCAUUGUUUCGGUUAAAAACAUUUUUUUGUCCGUUUGUAAUUGCCGCUGCUCAGCUUGUAUCGGUCCACCUGUUUUGGGCUUUACCGUAAAUAUAUUUGCUGUUUUUCCGA